AUGGCAGAGAAGACAGUCUCUGAACUCGCCGAAACCAACUCGGAAACCGCCGCCGCCGCCGAGGACAUGGAAGUAGAAGCCUCAGAGCCCGCCCCGGCCGAAAAACCCGAUGAGGGCACUAACGGCGAGGCUGAGGCGAACGCGAAACGGCUCAGGGAUGAGGAGGGGAGUGAAGGAAACGACGCCGUGGCGAAGAAGACGAAGGUGGAGAAGUCGCCGGAAGAGGAGCGGUUGGAGAAGUUGGGGGAAGGAAAAGAGUCGGGUCGGGUCAGCCUGGGCCCGAAGAGUUUCGGGUCGUCAGUGGAGAUGUUCGACUACUUCUACAAGUUGCUUCAUUAUUGGCCGACUGAUCUCAGUGUUAAUAAGUAUGAGCAUCUGGUUUUGCUGGACUUGCUUAAGAAGGGUCAUGCAGAGCCUGAUAAGAAGAUUGGUGGAGGGGUCCAUGCUUUCCAAGUUCGAACCCAUCCAUUGUAUAAAAGCAGGUGCUUCUUCCUCAUUAGGGAAGAUGAAGCUGUUGAUGAUUUUAGUUUCAGGAAGUGUGUGGAUCAGAUACUUCCCUUGCCAGAGAACAUGAAAGCACACUCUGACGCCAAUAAAGCCUUAGGAGGGAAAGGUGGCCGGGGUGGCGGCGGUGGAAGGGGAGGUUGGCGUGGCCGUGGAAGGGGUAAGCCGAGAAACUGA